UUCCGCUCGACGUCGUUGCCCACCAUGCGCCCCACCGUCGCGCUCAAUGUGAAGGCUGUCUCGCAGCCGUUUAUGCGCGCCCAGGAGGGGCUCUUCCACGGCAAGACGAAGCGCUACGGCAACAAUGUCCCGCACUCGAUGCAGAAGACGCGGCGCACUUGGCUACCGAACAUCCGCUCGAAGACUAUGCACUCCGAGUCGCUCGGCUUGAUGAAGCUGAAGAUUACGACGACAGCGAUGAGGGCGGUGAAGAAGAUGGGCGGUUUGGACGACUACGUACUUCGCACACCGACGCGGAAGCUUGGUCAGCUGGGUAUUGGCUUGCGCAUUCGAGUACGGGAAGCACAGAAGCAGAUUGCGCAGGCGGAGGCGGUCGCUGCUGCAGCAUCCCAAAUCCCAGUGUCCGAGGAGCAGGCGGCGAAGGCGCUAGAUGAGCUCGAGUUCUUGCCAACACCACGGAAACCGACGCUCGCAGAAAUCCGUGCUGAGAGGGAGAGGGAGGGACAGAAGCUUGGGCUAGGCCAGCCAGCCCCGUACGUUCUCUGUGCUCGUCUUCGACCUGAAGACUGAUGAAAACCUCGUUCAGAGCGGCACUAUUGGUAGAGAAAGAGACUCCCCAAGCAAGUGCUGCUUGAU